AUGGGAGAUGAUAUUGAGCACACGCAAGGGAAAAAACUAAAGCUCCCUAAACUUCACCUCAGAGAGGAGCAACUAAAGAACUACACAUUGCUAGAGAUUGAGAAAAUCCUGCAGCAACACGACAAAACACUUGCAGACUUCCCGGAUAUGCCAUUGCCAGACAAAGAGAUGAUGAAAGAGCUUAAUAAUUCAUAUCUUAUAGAAGAGCUAGGUUACGACGAGGACGAACAACAAACAGAGCAUGAUCGUUUAUUUGGCAGUUUGAAUCAGGAACAGAGAAUGGUCUUCGAUGGAGUGAUGGACUCCCUAGAAAAUGGAGACGGCAUAUUCUUCUUCCUUAAUGGACCAGGGGGUACUGGGAAGACGUACUUAUACACAACAUUAAUAACAAAGUUAAGAGCUAUGAAGAAGGUGGUAUUGCCAGUUGCAUCCUCAGGCAUUGCAGCUUUGCUUCUCCCAGGAGGCCGAACAGCCCACUCAAGAUUCAAAAUACCAAUAAACCUCCACGAGCAUUCUAUGUGUGAUAUCAGAAAAGGAUCAAUGCUUGCUGAGCUGUUAAGGAAAACAGAUUUGAUCAUUUGGGAUGAGGCACCUAUGACGCAUCGUUUUGCGUUUGAGGCGGUAGACAGAUCAAUGCGGGAUCUUUUAGCAGAAGAUGAUCCCAAAGCAAUGCAUAAACUCUUUGGAGGCAAGACAGUAUUACUUGGUGGCGAUUUCCGGCAAAUCCUACCCGUUAUAACAGGAGGAAGUCGGCAAGACACGGUCUUAGCAACAAUAAACAGAUCAUACCUGUGGGAUUCAUGUAACUUCUAUAGCCUGACCCAGAAUAUGCGUCUAAAAGUCGAUGAGAUCAAAUUUGCUCAGUGGAUACUUCAAGUUGGGGAUGGAACAGCACCAAAAAGAGAACAACAUAGAAAUAGCUACGACGAGGUUGACGACAUCAAAAUAAAUAGAGCACUUCUGUUACACAACGGCGACAAACGGAUUGCACAAUUAGCGGCUGAUGUAUAUACGGAUUUCACGAACUCGUACCUAGACAGAGAAUACAUAACAAAGAGGGCGAUUCUAACUCCAAAGAAUGACACUGCUCAUGAACUCAAUAUGUUUCUCCAAAACAAGAUCCCAGGCGACGCCAAAACAUAUUUGAGUUUCGACAGUAUAGAGAUGGAUGGGGAUUCAACCGACUCAGAUGAGCUGUUAUACCCAGCAGAAUUUCUAAACUCACUCAAAAUCUCAGGAAUGCCAGAUCAUUGUUUGGAACUGAAAAUAGGCUCUCCAAUUAUGCUCAUACGAAACUUGAAUCAGAAAGAAGGACUUUGCAAUGGAACAAGGCUAAUAGUUACACGAUUGGGGACCAGAGUCAUUGAAGCAGAGAUAUUAACUGGGAUAGCAGUUGGAAACAAGGUGGUCAUCCCAAGGAUAAUACUGUCUCCACCUGAUGAGAAGUGGCCAUUCAAAUUAAAAAGACGCCAAUUCCCUCUUCGUUUGAGCUAUGCAAUGACUAUUAAUAAAAGUCAAGGGCAAAGUUUGGAACAAGUGGGCUUAUAUUUGCCUAAACCAGUUUUCAGUCAUGGACAACUGUAUGUGGCCCUAUCCCGAGUAACAUCAGAAGCAGGACUGAAGGUCCUAAACAUGGAGGAGGAGGCAACACAUACAAUUAAAAACAUUGUAUACAAAGAAGUAUUCAACAACACCAAAGCCAGUAGGUGA